AGGUCACCUCUUUUACAACCUACCACUAAUGUUAAAUUUAAUUACAAAUCAUGCCAUCAGCCAUUUUAGAAUAAACUCUCUCGCUUUCUCUCAAAUUCACCGGCAUUUGGGUCACCAUCCACCAUCGUUGAUAAUGACGACGAGGAUAAUGAACUCAGUUUCCGAAUCCCUAGUCAGCCGCCUCAUGCAGGUACUAUCUUCUCACUCCAACAAUGGCGCCACUCGGCUGGAGCGGUCUUCCAGCGAUUUCGGCGACUCGGCCUACUAGAUCUCUGUCUCCGGCGGUAAUUUCAAAAACUAUUUUAAAUUACGAUGCCAGUUUUGAAUCACAGAUUUUGAUGACGAUCACGAUGAUGAUUGGGAAUUCAAAGCUGCAAAACCAGAGAACUAGGUUGGCAACGAGAAUUCCAAGUAUGAUGGAGGGUCAAAUCCAGGAAUCAUUGUUCGUAGGCCUCAGGUUAAGGUACAAUUUUAGCUUGGUUCAGAAACAUAUUCUACCAGCGGAGACAAGGGCAUUCUUUUUUAGCAUGGACAUAUUGAAGGACUUUAUCACCAAACACAACUUUCCUAAUGAUGUCCCUGAUGAACUUGUUGAAGACUGUUCUAACUGGAUUAUUGUAGAUCCUCUUGUAAUAUAGUACAGUUUCAAAAAGUCAUUGAAAAAAUAUAUAGUUUUGUUCUUUAUUCCAAUUUUCAUUUCAUUAAUAUUGAA